GCCAUUUGUGCCAGAUUUCUCUCUCUAAAACCCAUUUACAUUUUUUAUCAUUUUGUUUCUCACACUAAAAAAGUUGGUUUAAUUAUCGCCGUCACCAAUCGAAUAAUGCAUUUUCUUCGUCUUCUUCUAUAACAGCAGCUCUCUCUUCUCAAUUCUCACCAACAACAAUGGAUGCCCAAUUCGGUUUAUAAUUUUCGUUAUAUUGUUUUAAGUUAAUCAAAAUCUGAAAAGUUACAGAGCUUUUCAAUCCGGUGAUGCUCGGAGUACUUUGUGCACGUCCUAAACCUUGGCUCUUUGCAUCACUCUCACUAUCUCACGCCCACGGCUCAGCGCCGGCGGCUUAUAACCGACUAAUCGGAACACCUACCAAAUCAGUAUUAGUUGGAGGUUCGGAUCAGUUACAGAGGCGACAUCAUUCUAGCCAUUGCCGACUUGGAGCUUCUGUAAAUCGAGGUGGCGCAGCUUCAAUAUGGCAUGCGAUUCUUCCCGCCGGGAGGAGGAAUAAGGAUGUAAAGCGGCGGAAUACGGUGUUUCACCACCACCAUUAUGUAUUGGCUAAGAAAGGGGAAGGGUCGUGGAAUGUUGCGUGGGAUACUAGGCCAGCGCGUUGGCUCCAUAAUCCUGACUCAGCUUGGCUCCUUUUUGGUGUUUGCUCUUGCUUAGCAGCGCCAUCUCUUGAUUUACCUGAUUCGAAUUCUGAUGUUGUUGCUCCGAUUGAGAACAAGUCCCAAGGUUUUGAUAGCAAUACUGUAAAUUCAGAUGAGGCUGAUCGAAACUCUGCCAACUAUACGGUCACUGGGGUUCCAGCAGAUGGGAGAUGUCUAUUUAGAGCAAUAGCACACAUGGCUUGUUUAAGAAAUGGGGAAGGAGCUCCUGAUGAGAAUCGACAGAGAGAACUUGCUGAUGAAUUAAGAGCUCAGGUUGUUGAUGAGCUGUUAAAGAGGCGAAAAGAAGCUGAAUGGUUUAUUGAAGGGGAUUUUGAUGCAUACGUAGAAAGAAUUGAAAAGCCAUACGUGUGGGGAGGAGAACCAGAGCUACUAAUGGCUUCUCAUGUUCUUAAGUCCCCAGUUUCUGUCUAUAUGGUAGAUAGAAGCUCAGGCAGUUUAAUAAAUAUAUCAAAUUAUGGCGAAGAAUAUAGGAAGGAAGGAGAGAAUCCUAUUAAUGUCUUGUUUCAUGGUUACGGUCACUAUGACAUAUUGGAGACAAUUUCAGAGAAAGGUCACCAGAAGUUAGAAGAUAAAAGCAGGGUAUGAUGCCCUUAGACAUAAUCUUGAUUAAAUUUCAUAAAGGUAGUUCGCAACGAAUAUCAACUUAAAUUGAUAAGAAGUUCAGCUAGCCAGUUCACAAACAUCUUCUUUCAGGUCCAGUCAAUUUGUUGACAUGGCUUUCUUCAAAGCAGUAAGCUUGUUUAAAUUUUGUAGAUUCUCUUGUUCACUUUUCCAGGAUAUCAGUCGAAGCGAUUAGCGUCAGUGCUUAUUCAAUAGAUAUUUGUUUCACCAAAGUUCUUGGUAUUUCCUUAUUACCAGAUAAUUCUGGAUGUACUUUCAGUUUUGCUCAGAUGUCUGAAUGGCUCCACUCUGAAAUAUUGAUUUAUUAAUAAUGUGCAGCAAUGGAAAUGUAACACUGAUUUCUCUCAA